AUUAUAAUAAAAAAUGUUUAUGAACAGAAUUUUAUUAAGAGCAGGAUUGUGCAAUAGACAGCAAUUAGCUAGAAAUUUCACUUCUAUGAGGCCUGCAUUCUAUAGAUAUUUCUCAACUGGAAUCAAGGGAGUUAGUGGAAAUAGUGAAACUAUUAUUGAAGACCAAUAUUUUUACAAUCCAACAAAAUCCAUUGAUAUCAGAGGAGGAACAUUCACUGUUUUUGAUAAUACUAAAGCAAGUGAGGGUCAGUAUGUUUCUCCUUAUGAAGUAAAAGAGACCAUUACUAAAAAUACAAUUGGAAUCAUUGUUAGUAUGGUGAUAGAGCAUUCUUUGAUUCCAAUGUACUUCAUUCCCUCUACUUAUUUUGCAAUCAAUAUGUUAUACAGAGUUUCUCAGUAUAUGACUCGUGCUGUAAACCAAGUUGUCCUUCUCAAGUGAGGAACAAAAGUUCAGGUAACUUUCAAACUAGGAGGGUCCGAAACCUGGAAUAUUAACGAUAUUAGUAAAAAUAUUGAUGAGAAAGCUCUUGUUGAGACCUUUGCUGAACCAUACUUAUUCCCAAUCACUGUUAAAAAUAAAGGAACUUAUUAUCUAUACGGUCACGGCCACUCAGCUAUCAAGGAUGGAGAAAUCUUCAGAGCAAUUAUCAAUGGAAGAAGCAUCUCCCUUGACUAA